CUGUAACAUGCCUUCAUUUUUUGGCUUCAUGGUCGUACAGGCCUUAACUUUCCUGAAUAAAUUAUGUACUAUGAACUCUUUUAAAACUCUGGUGCUUUCUUUAAGCAUGCUCUUUUUGAGCUUGGCUUUGUGAAGAAAUGCUGAAGGAGAUGGACUUGGGGGUGAGAUUGGGUGGAAUUUUGGAAGUGUGAAGGAAGAGAUGGUCAGAGUGGAUGUAAGGACGAAGGAUGGAGAGUAUAGGAGAUUAUCUUCGAUUACAAGUAAUAUAUGCAUAAUUUUUAGCAAUCACUCCUGUCAGUGUUGAUAUAAAUUCGACCAUUAUACUUACAAUUCAGGGAUACACGUCAUAUAAAUUUUUGGCUGCAACAUUUGAGAAUCAAUGAAAUAGAAAUGCUGACUUCACUUGUUCUGCAGUAUUUGGGCAGCAAUCAGUUCUUGAAAAUAAAGUGACAGUUGUAAUGAGCGAAAGCUCAGGAAAUUAUACUUGUUCACACAAUGUAACCAAUCCAGGAAUUAUAUCAAUAAAUGUUUAUGAGCUUUCUCAACAAAUUUUAGCAAGGUAUUAUGAUAACACAAAAUACGAAGGAAGUCCGAUUGAAAGUUUUAUCUCAAACCUCAACCAAUAUUGGGGGAAUGCAGAUUUGAUAACUUCUCAAUCAGACAAUGUCGGGAUUCUUUACAAUUUCUAUUAUCUUCCUUCAGAGACUAAUCAUUUGCAACUAUUGGUGGAGGCAGAUGAUUCAGCUACAUUAUAUUCAUCUGAUAUGAAUGUAACAAUACAAAGUGGCACAUCAUCACUAGUGCCAGUUCAACAAGGAAGGUUAUAUCAUGCUCAAGUAAGGUAUGCGGAAUAUAAUGGAAAAGCAUAUCUAAAUGUAUCCCAAUCUCAUCAUUAUGGAUCAUUUUCACCUAUUUCGAGUUCUCAUUUUUAUUAUCCAAAUUCAAGAAUAUCUUCACUUGAUUUAUCGAUUAAGUGACCAUCUGGGUUUAUAAGUAGUUUUACAGAAACUUCUCCUCAAUGAGUGCCUGCUUGAGGAGACAGUCUCCUUGUUGAAGGUGAAGAAUGAGAUGACGGAAAUAUGAUAGACUCAGAUGGGUGAAGCUCAGCUUGAAAAAUAGAACCUAAUUAUGUCUGAAGCCGAAAUUCUUCUGCUUCAAGUAAUUCAUGAGUCCAAUGAACGUCAGGAUAUUAUCAGAAUUCUCAGAAAAAUCAAUGAAUUACUAAAUGAGGAGAUGGACUUAGAGUAGGGGCUGAGGCCUGAGAUGAUGGAAAUGUUUUAAACUUGUCUGGGUGAAACGCACACUGAGAAGUAGAAGAUAAUUCAGUCUGAAAUGGAGGCUCAAUAACUUCUCCAGACAUUUGAGAAGUAUGAGAAAUUGGAACUUCUCCAGAUAAAAAUAUGAAUCCUCAAAUUUGUGACUCUGUUUGAGGGGAUAAUUAUAGAGUAAAAGAUGAAGCAUGAGAUGACGGAAACACUAUUUCAGGGGAUGGGUGAAGUACAAAGUGAGAAAUAGAAGACAAAUGGGAUUGAGUAGAAAUAAAAUUUGGACAACCAGAUCAGUGAUAUCUCAAGGAUAGAGAAAUAAACCUUUCAUCUUCUCAAAAGCAGCAGCAAGCAGCUACAUUUGCAGCAGCUGGUGGUUCUGCCAUUUCUAGUUUGAUAACUUCGAUAUUUUCAGGAGGUUCCCCAAGUAGCUUGUUUUCAAUCAUUCAUCAAGUUCAGAUCUUGCUAGUUCUCUUACUUUGGAAAUCAUACUUACCAUCAAAGAUUCAGAUUUAUAUUCACUCUUUGUCACUGGCCUUGGUGAACUUUGAUAUAGAUUGGAGAUUCUUUAUAAUUUUCAGAAAAGUUUAUGAAUGGUUCAAUUAUGAACAACCAAGUGACGAACUCUUCCUAGCAGGGAUAGAAAAUGGAUCUUCUCUCUUAAAUUUGUCAGGAAGUAUUGCAUUCUUGAUUUCCUUUGGAAUAUUUCAUAUUAUCUUCUCCUCUCUCCAUUGGAUCAAUAAAAACAAUCCAGAGAAGACCUGACUAAUGAAAACUAUUGAAAUGAUUGCUAACUUUUUCACUGCCGAGCUCUAUUAUAGAUUAGUUGUAGAGUCUUUCUUGAUGAUGACUCUAUCUUCUUUUUCUGAGCUUAAAAGAGCAGAUACUGACGAAGUACCUAACUUCAAUAGCUUCAUUUCUUCCAUUGUCAUAUGCAUAUUUGUUCUCAUAUUCAUGACAAUUGUUGGUUAUUCUUUCAUGGCAAAGUCAAGGAAGAGAAAGCAUGAAAAGAGAUGGAAGAGUAUCUAUAACGGGCUUAAAAAGAAUGAUGCAGCUGCCUUAUAUCCUUUUCUAUUUUUAUUUAGGAGAUCGGCCUUUUCAGUCAUUGUUAUUACUCUGACCGAAUUCACUCCAAGCUUGAGCUCUAUAUGUUUCACAAUUGUGACAGUAGUAUACACAUGGUACAUUUUGAUCUUCAAGCCGUUUGAGAGUACUAAAGAUAACCUGUUGGAGAUUAUCAAUGAGUUCUUUUACAUUGGGUUUUGUAUCCCAUUGAUAUUCCUAACUGAGAAGAAAGACUGGAACUCCAAACUCGAGAUUAUUUAUCUUCUUUGUUAGAUACUAAAUAAUGCGAUUGUGACUUUAAUUUCUGUAAUCUACCUUGUCUACAUAUUCUGUACCAAAUGAAUCUGCGUAAGAACGAAAGUUGAUAAGAAAACAAUGUUUAGCAAGAACCCAAAGUUUGUUAUUGAAAAAGCUAAGAGGAAGUUUGAAAACAAGAAAAUAGAUUAUAGAAGAUCUCCACGAACCAAAGACAUUAACUUUAUUAACAGAAUAGCAAAUAAUCAGAGCUCAGUUUGAAGUAGAGCACAAAUUACGGAUAACUUUGGCUUGAGCGAGUCAAAAUCUUCAAUUCCAAAAAGGAGGUUACAUUUCAUCAGAAAGCCAAACAGACUGUAACUGUUAAAUUUUAUUGGUUAAAUAUUUGGAA